CGCCCACCCCAAUCUUUCGGCCGACUCACCUCGCACCGUCCUUGUUCGUCGGCGCCGUCGUCCUCGCCCCGCCGACGGACGGCCGAGGAGAAGGCUUCUAUCUCAGAUCUGAGGUGCCCAGCUUCUUCCACGGAGCGGCGGCGGCGGCGGGGAUCGUCGGCUGGCUUCAUGGACCGUCGGCUGGCUAAUAUCCAAGCCAAAUAUGAGCGAGUCCGUGAGCGGUUUACGUGGAGGCGCCACGUUACGGAUAACGGAUUAACAGCGUUGUCGCCCGUUGAAAAUCAGUUUCAUGAGUGGUGUAUGUACUUUAGCACGGCAGUUACAAUGGAGUCUAUUUUCCGACUUUUAGAAGGAAGGGACAUUUUCUUCUCAGUGCAACACCUGAAGGAAUUAAGUGAUGAGGCGAAACAACAAUAUCCUAAUAUGACGGCUGCCAAGCGUCUAUUGAAGAAGCUGGCUUAUGCCGGUGUGCUAAGCGAAACUGAUUACCAGGGUCGACCGCAAUAUGGUCUUCGAUACUGUGUCAGUGGCUUGCGUUCUUAUGAUUUGGACAACAUUCAUCACAUAAGAGCUGCUUUAUAUGAGCUACGGCGAGUUGGGCCGCUUCUGGCAGUUAUUCGUAUCAGUAAAAAUUACGACAAGUGCUGGAACACUGGUGAAGUUUACAAAUAUGAUCCGAAAAAUGUUUGUGGUGAUUCAGCUCGCGCACCAACACAUGCUAUCAGUGUUAUAUCUUUUGCUUUGGAGAACGGUCCGUUUUUUGACUGCCAAGACUCACACGGAGUCACUUUUGGCUCUGGUGGUUUCCUGAAGGUUGAUGUGACGUCAUUCAAAGAACUUUAUUCGUUCAGAGUUGUGGAGGUGUUCGGCGAUUGGACAGAUUGAUUGGUUGGUUCCAAAGGUUGAGCGCGUGCUGAAAUGAAUCUGUGCUGCGUGUGUGAUGGUUCCCAGAUGGUGGUUGGUAGUCAGAGACAGUUUUUGCCUUGUUAGAGUGAUUUAAUUAGGAAAUGGAUGGAGCACCUGCUCAUUCAUGAUUUUGCUGCUAUGGUCGAUGUCGAUCUAGACCAAUUGCUUUCUUCCAUGUUAAUACUACUUGUGUCCAUGUUUUGAUACAUGUUAA